AUGGUCUCCUUUGCGGCGUCCUGCGCCAUUCUCUCGCUCUGGUCGGCGUCAAAGGUGCUUGCACAAGUCUGCACACCCUGCGAGGAUGUGCAUUUCUUUCUCGCCCGUGGCAACAAUGAGCCCUACCCGGGACGACAGGGUGAUCUGGUAGCCGCCACCUGCGACCACGUGGCCAACUGCGGCUACGAAGAUCUUAUCUACUCGGCUCUCUACACCGACUUGUCCUGCCAGACAACCUACGAUGGCACGAUCGCGGGUUUCAUGCAGAUGACUGCCUAUGCCGACCGAUGCCCCAACUCCAAGCUCAUCCUGGCUGGAUACUCGCAGGGAGCACAGAUCGUGACUGACAUUCUCGGUGGUGGAGGUGGCGUGUCUUUCAAUGGAUGUAUCCAGCCGUCGACUCCUCCACUGGACCCGACCACCAGCCCAGGAAAUCGAUUGUCGGCGGUCAUCACGUUUGGAAAUACCCGCCAUACGGCCAACCAGCCCUACAACUAUGGCAAUGGUUCCUCGCGCGACGGUCUCUUCCCCCGGUCUGGUGACAUGUUGACUGCUCUCGACGCAUACGCGGCCAUUACUCGUGACUGGUGUUUGGAUGUUGACCCCAUCUGCGCCAACAACUCCAACGGCAUCGUCGCGUCCCACCUUGGCUAUUACAACGUCUACUCGGACGAAGCAGCUGCGUGGAUCAAGUCGGUCGCCUCGAUCACGGACAACUCAGACUUUACUACCUCGAUCGCCACGUAUGUCAGUGGUACCGCGCAAGACUAUGCGACUGUCGGAACCGGCACGCCGUCGGGUGUUGUGACACUUGCGUCGGUGACGACCGAGUCCAUCUCGUGUCCGAGCGUGUCGACGCCUGCUUUCGCCGCCGUCAAUUCGACCGCGUUGAACAGCACCACAACAGCCUCCAGGUCGGGCGUGUCGAGCAGUCACUCGGCGCCCCUCACGACCACCGCCAGCAGUGGCGCAUCCAGCAGUGCGACUGCGGCCGCGACCAUCAUGAGUGCUCCCAGCAGCACCGGCCCCGUGGCGACCAGCGCAACGACCUCUGCGCCCUCGUCGACCUUUACGGACAGCUCGGCCAGUAGCCACACCAGCAACAUGGGCUUGGUCCUUUUGCUGGGCCUGGCCAUCCUGGUUGUAGUAUAA